GGCGUCCUCUUUACUGAAGACGUGAUUUCUUGGCACGUCCCCCGCCGUGUGACUCCCCUUCAGGACGGCAGCGUGAAGAUUCUAGAGAUGUACAUGGGCAUCAAUGGACAGCGUCUGGAUCGGCGUCAGAUGGCCGCACGUGGCUACGCUUUGUCCGCUACAGACUUCCACAUUGUCGUUGAGAUCCCCGUGGGUUCUCCUGAUGGCUACAACAAGAGCCAUGCCCCAGAUUACCAGUACCACAUCACCUACACAGUCGAGCCCAUGCUUGAAGUCAUGUGGCGGGCUGAGCGAAGCCAUGAAGAUACCAGAUAUAAAAUCCUGUUCCCCAUCACCACACCUCUUAUGCCCAGGCCACCCCAAGCUGUUGACUUUACUAAUGCAGAGGAGAGAUUGUUCGGCAUCCACGUGGGCACCUUCCUGGAUGAUGUGGAGCUGAAGAACAUCACGUUCUCUACUGGCACAUCCACUCUGGAAGAGUGCGUCGCAAAAGGCUUCAUUGUACAAGAGCACAGACAUCCUGGUGGUCUGAAGAGCUUCUCUCUGAAAGUUCCCUUUGUUGCCACUGAAGUCCUCAAACAUAAUCCCGAGCCCUUGGUGACAACCUACACACUUGCUCUCGUCUUUGGGUUCUUGAUUCAUCCAGAAGAAACGGCUUUUGCUCAUCCCGUGGAAUUUACUGCCUCUCUGCAGGAUGUUG